AUGGCAGUUAAGUGCAGUGCGUGCGGUAAAUAUAUGUAUCCGCAAGAUGGCGCUAAUGUUACUUGUACAAAGUGCAAUAAACAGCUACAUCGUGCGUGUGUAGGCAUCCCAGUGGGCGCUUCACUAAUGCCAUCCUGGGCUUGCCCUGAAUGCAAAUUGAAAGAAAAACGUUGCAACAAGGACACUACGCCGAUAAAACCCGCAACAAUUACUGUUGCUAAUUCGAGUGAGGUUUCAAACCUCGGAGAGGAAUUGCGAUGUUUCCGAGAAGAAAUGCGCCAAACCCGCGAAGAAUUUCGGGCAUUCAGAGAAGAACUUCAGGACAUAAGAAACCUUGUCAGCAAAUGCGAUGCUCGUUUAGAUAAGCUCGAGAACACGGUCCAAACUAUCCUGGAAUCACAAGAGCAAUAUGGCUCUCAAGGAUUCAAAAUUGAAAUCCUAAAACUCGAGUCGACCGUCAAUCAGCUGCAAGCCGACUUAAACGAUAGGGAUCAGGAGUUGCUUGCAAAUGACGUCGAAUUAAGUGGCAUUCCAGAGGAGAGUACCCAACACACUUGGUUCUAUCAGUUGUGA